CAGGAAUCCCACGUGACGUCACCGGGGGGGUGAUGUAAUGCACUCUAAAUAGAAUGUAUUGUAAUCUUUGCUCAGUCCAACGUGGUCCCUUCACCCGGGCUCGGCUCUUGCCUUCUCCACACUUGUUUGAGACCUGGCAAGGUGCGGAACCCUCCAGAAGUGCGGUCAAGCGGCGGCAGCGGCGGUGGCAGCGGAGACGGCGAGCCAGGAACCUCCCCCCGCGUCCCCAACUUCCCCGUGAUGUGGCGGAACCCCCGGAGAAAGUUUGCAAACUUCCAGCGGGCGCGGCGAGGACGCCGGGUCACCUAGGGGCGGGCGGGCGGGCGCGCGCGGGGGGCUCGCUCCCUCCCGGUGCCGAGCCUGCCGCUGCCACCUCUCCCGCAGCGCUGCCCGCCGCAGCUGGUGGGCGCGCGCGCCCGGGGAGGGGACGUGGCCCUUGAAGGGCACUUGGCUUUCGCUCCAGGCGCAGAAAGCUCGAGAGUGGCGCGGCUCUGUUCGCUUUCACUCCUGCAGCCGUCUCCUGCCUCCGUCCGGUUCUCACUGGCAUCAUUACCUCUUCCCCGCCGCUGCCCCAAAUGACAGCUCCCGCUUUUGCCGCGGCAGCGCGGUGGCAGUUCCCAGGACCCGGCGGCGGAGCCUUCCUCUCCGGCAGAUUGACCACGCAACCGCUUAAACUUUUCACGAAGUUCGUAGAGGGGCAAGACGCGCGAAGGAACCAAAGACACGUUUUCUCCCGGCAACUGCAUCCCACUUCUUCUUUGCCAUAGAAUUAUUUCCGGGGGGAGGGAGUAUCCGGUAGAGAAAGCCUCAGACCUCGCCCACCCCCUCCCCAACUUUGCCUGAACGGGUGCCGCCCCCACUUGAUGCUUGUUCAAGGCCAGGAACUGGAGUGGAUUGCUUGUAUUUUGCGUUGUCAGAGUCCUCAGGGUGUGUUUGAUUUUUAUUUUUCCCUCCUUCUCUGACAUGUGUCAAGGAAUAAAGGCUGGAUACAGGUCCAUUACGUCAUUCUGCAGGCCAGUAAGUGUUUGAUUAACAGCUUCAGAUACUCAAGAGUUCGGGGUUUAGAAAUGCUGACAAAGCAACUCUGCUUUCCAUCCCACCCCUAACAUACUCGUACAAUCACCCGAUCCCUGGGCAUCUUUAUUGCCCUCUCCUCCCCGUACCCCUCUUCUCUACCCCCUCUCCCGCCCACACCGUUAUCACUCUGGCCCCGCCUCCGCCUUUUAUUGCUUUCCCUAGGGCGGUCACUGUCCCCAGGGUGUGCGUAUGAGCUUCUGGUGUCUGAGCGGAGCAUGGUACCUGAUCAAGGCACACACAAUCUGCCCUUUUCUAUUAUUUAAGAGAGGCACCAGCGAGCCCUCUACUCCAGGGCGAAAAUGCUCAGUCCUGAUAGAAAAGGCAUCGCAGGACACGUUUAGAGUCCUUAUGAUAAUACUGUGUCCCUGUGGUGACUUAGGAAAGCAACACACCCACUGCAAACAAAGUACUGAAUUUUACCUAGCGCCUUCUCCAACCGUUUAGCGGAAGAGGGAAGAAGUGAGGAUGCUGAUUAAAUCAAAUAUAGCCAAAAGAAUCAAGACUCAACGUUUCAUUUGCAAAGUGAGGGAAUGUGAGUCGUUGAACCCAAACACAUUACAAUAAAUUGGUGUAUGUAUUUCUUUCUCUUAAUCUUAAGUUUCUAUAUUUAAAGAGAAAGUUGAAUACUUAAGUCCUAGAAUUGAGUCAGAAUCUGCCUAUCUGACAGUUGCAGUAAAAACACUGUGUGUGAUGUGUUUAAGGGAUAAAAGUAAGAAGAGCUCUUAGUGGGAGGAGGGUGUGUGUGUGCAGCAGAAAUCAAAUAAAAAAUCUAUUGACAGAGUUUUGGAUUGAGUGGGGCAGAGGAUUUGGGUGCUCUCUGAUUUGAAGUUGGCGGAAGCUAAAUUAAGGAACAUUUAUAUUCUGAGUAUGUGGGAAUUUCGUGAAGAACACAUGUUUUGUUAUAAUCAGAUCCACUUUCUUCCAAGUGAGACAGCCAUACUGUCGAGUAGGCAUUUGUGAAACUUCUGUCUGGGGUCUAAUUGACAUCCUUCCCCAAGUUUGUGGCAGUAUUUAUUAUUUAUUCACAUCUAGAGAUGAAAUAGUAUAACCCCUGCAGAAUGCAUGUGCAUCUAAAAUGUUAAACUUCUUGUUUGUGAUGCAUAGACCUAAAGGAAAAAAUGGCCCGGGUCACCAGCACUGGAGAGUGUGAUUAAUGAUCAGUGAUUUAGUGAUCAGUGAUUAGUGGUUUUAUUCAAACUGUUACCUCUGACCAGAAGCACACAUCAGAGGAUUAACAGGCUCUUUAGAUAAAUGCUCAUUAGUGGAAGGGGGAAAGCAAAGAUAAUAGGCAUGCACCCAGGGACAACUUUCGAAGAAAAUCAUUCCCCGUCUUCAGAAUAAUAAGCUCUAUUAACAGAAAGCCCUUUUAAUUUAAAACUUGCUUUUAUCUUGUAAAUCAAAGUUAGAUGUAAAAGUUUGUAGUGCCAUUAUAACCUAAAUUUUCCCAUAUCCACUCGAUGUGGAUUAUCUCAGUAGCGAUAUUUUUUUUUAUUUAAAUAAACAAUUGGACCUUCAGAGCAACUGAACCCUGACAAGUUCUUAACUCCCAGGGUUUGAAGGUGUCCCCCCUUCUACAACGGAGAGUGCAACUUGCUAGCUAGAUGGCGCACUGUUCUUUGGUGUUCUGUGCUGUUUUGGUGCAGGAGUCUCAACGAGCAAGUAGCUGCUUGCGAGGUGUUCUUCCACACUUCCAACAAAGUUGAUUCUGUGUAGGGUUGGAGGCUAGACAGUUCUACAAGUUUUUAGUCACAUUUUCCAUGUCAGUUAAAUCUGGGGAGUUCAAGGCUACUGGAAAAAUUAGUCUCAUUAGUAAAAGAAACUUAGUGAAUGAGGGAGGAAAGGAGGUACCGGAGUCCAGGAGAGGUACCUCUGGGUUGCAGAAGUGAUUGUAAAUUACCAGACCUGUUCUUUUUUUUUUUUUAAACUAAGAGCUAGUUUCACAAUCUUGUGGUCUGAAAUUCUGAAGCAGAUACUCAAAGAUUUAUUUUCUUCCUAAUCUUGCUGGUGAAAAAGAAGUUACUAGAAAGAAAGGAAGAAAAAAACUUGAUUUGGUGACUGCAGGAAGCAACACAUUGCUGAUUUUAUUCUACAAAUAAUGGUGGCUUCUGAUUACACAACUAGCUCACAUUCCUAGCCGACCUCAGGUACACCCCAGGCCUUCUCUUCUUCCCAUUGGCUCCUUCCUUUGACUUGGAGAAGAUAUUUAUAAAGAUUGGAAUCUACUAAAGAAAGAGACAAGAAGCAGCAAGAAGCCACUUCAAUUUAUGAGGAAUCCAAGAUGAAUUUGGAGCAGGAGAGGCCGUUUGUCUGCAGUGCCCCGGGCUGCUCUCAGCGCUUCCCAACAGAGGACCAUCUGAUGAUUCAUAGGCACAAGCAUGAAAUGACUUUGAAGUUUCCCUCAAUAAAAACAGACAAUAUGUUAUCAGAUCAGACUCCGACCCCAACGAGAUUCCUGAAGAACUGUGAGGAAGUGGGGCUCUUCAAUGAGCUGGACUGCUCCCUCGAGCAUGAGUUCAGGAAGGCUCAGGAGGAGGAGAGCAGCAAGCGGAAUAUCUCGAUGCAUAACACAGUUGGUGGGGCCAUGGCAGGGCCCGGAGCUCACCAGCUUGGCAGCACCCGGAUGCCCAACCAUGACACCAGCGUUGUGAUUCAGCAAGCCAUGCCGUCACCCCAGUCCAGCUCUGUCAUCACCCAGGCACCUUCUACCAACCGCCAGAUCGGGCCUGUCCCAGGCUCUCUAUCUUCUCUGCUACAUCUCCACAACAGACAGAGACAGCCCAUGCCAGCCUCCAUGCCUGGGACCCUGCCCAACCCGACGAUGCCGGGAUCUUCUGCCGUCUUGAUGCCAAUGGAGAGACAGAUGUCCGUGAACUCCAGCCUCCUGGGAAUGCAAGGUCCAAAUCUCAGCAACCCCUGUGCUUCUCCCCAGGUCCAGCCAAUGCAUUCAGAAGCCAAAAUGAGGUUGAAGGCCGCGUUGACUCACCACCCAGCUGCCAUGUCAAAUGGGAAUAUGAACACCAUGGGACACAUGAUGGAAAUGAUGGGCUCCCGGCAGGACCAGACGCCACACCACCACAUGCACUCACACCCGCAUCAGCACCAGACACUGCCAGCCCAUCACCCAUACCCACACCAGCACCAGCACCCAGCACACCAUCCUCACCCUCAACCCCAUCACCAGCAGAACCACCCACAUCAUCACUCCCACUCCCACCUUCACGCACACCCUGCACAUCACCAGACCUCGCCACACCCACCCCUGCACUCCGGCAACCAAGCACAGGUCUCACCAGCGACACAACAGAUGCAGCCAACCCAGACAGUACAACCGCCCCAGCCCACAGGGGGGCGCCGGCGAAGGGUGGUGGACGAGGAUCCCGACGAGAGGCGGCGGAAAUUUCUGGAACGGAACAGGGCGGCUGCCACCCGCUGCAGACAGAAGAGGAAGGUCUGGGUGAUGUCACUGGAAAAGAAAGCAGAAGAACUCACCCAGACAAACAUGCAGCUUCAGAAUGAAGUGUCCAUGUUGAAAAAUGAGGUGGCACAGCUGAAACAGUUGUUGUUAACGCAUAAAGACUGUCCAAUAACAGCCAUGCAGAAAGAAUCACAAGGAUAUCUAAGUCCGGAGAGCAGCCCUCCUGCCAGUCCCGUCCCAGCUUGCUCUCAGCAGCAGGUCAUCCAACAUAAUACCAUCACCACUUCCUCUGCAGUGAGCGAGGUGGUGGGAAGUUCCACCCUCAGUCAGCUUACCACUCACAGAACAGACCUGAAUCCCAUCCUUUAAAAUCUGCCAGUGGGUCAGACCUUGCCUCCAAGAAGAGCUGUCGCAUAUCAUGCGUCCUUUCUUUUAAGGGCAUUUUUAGAAUUAACUCAGACCUGGAAGACUCCUCAGCCCUUCAGAGACUGGCUUUCAUUUUUAUAGUUAUUAUGGAAAUGUCGUCUUUUAUACUUAGUUAUAUAAGAAAAAAAGGGAGUUAUGCAAUUAAUUAAUCUAUCAGCUUGGGAAAUGCUUUGGUGCUUUUCUCCAAUUUUCUGGUACCAGUUAACUUGUUUAUAAACUGAACUCUUUCUGUAUAUAGACACGGUUUCAUUCUUACCAGUCCAGCCCUUUGCCUGAAACAUUGAAUCUUGUUAAACCGCAGCUUUUAGCCAAAAUGAGGCAUACCUAGAUGUCACGUAAACAGAUGCAAGGUAACUGGGUGGUGAGUCUGAUGACAUCGUAACACACGUUGAGUUUGCGCUGUGAUGUCGCCAGAGUUCCAGAUAAACACAGAGCCUUUUCCAUAUUUUUUUCUCUUCCUAAAAAAAUUAUAAGAUCUGCUGAUGUCCAAAUAAAACCACCGAGCAUUUUGCCCCCUCUCCUCCUCUUCUUGGUCCACUUCCUCGAUUUGUCCUCUAAUUUCCUCCAGUCUUCCUUUCCAUUGCCACUUUUCCCUGGGCUCCCUGUGUAUUCUUCAUUUUUACUUUCUUCUGUUUUAUUUUUCCCCCUUUAGCAUUGCAGGUAAAGAAGAAAAUAAUGCUUAAAGGAAAAAAAAAAAAAAGCAAAUCUCAAAAAUAAGGAUCUAGCCAUUGCUUUUCUUGCCUGUAACCCACAGCUGGAGUUCAUUCACCUCUUGCUUUUUACAAAAUGGUAAGCAGGAGAUGUUUAAUGUGCCUGAUGUAAGGUUUUUAAUAAUCAGAGCAAAUAAAAGGUGGCUUAGCCGUAGGUAAGGCACUGUUGAAAGCCAGCUGUGGAGAUACCAGGGAAGGGAGCCUUGUAAGCCUCGAUUGUGAAGGUCCAGAUUAUGAUGCGGGCUAUAACAUCACACCCUCGAAUUACAACUGGUUUUAUAUGGCCUGUCUAUAAGGUUGAAAAUCCAUAUGCUAUAUAAUGAUUCAGAAGGGCUCUAUUCACUACAGAUUACAUUGUUCAAUCAUCAGCUGCUAAUAGACUAAGAUUCAUUAUUUUUUUUUUCUUAAGCCUAUGGAACUGGCUUUGCUGUUCUGGUGGAUAAAAGUAGACGCACCACUGGAGGAACAAAGAGAGAAAGAAAACCUAAUGUUUCCAUAGGGGUGCUUUCAGCCCUCCCAGAACAGCCAAAGCCUUCUUUGGCUGCUGAAAGAAUCCCAUGGAUAUGGCUACUCCACUCUUCUGAAUAAUUCUGAUUUAUAUUUCCAACAACUUUCAUCGAUUCGCCCAUUAUGGAAAGCAUAUAGUCCCGAACCACAGUUGUGCCUCCUUGAAACAAGCCAUUCUACUGUGCUAAUGUUUUAAUAUCACAUCUCGCAAGUAACAGGGGCUAAUGUUUCCCUCUAGCAGUCUAGACAGGUGCUGGUGUUUCAUCUCCAUUUGAAUGCUUGACCUCCUAACAUGAGUGUGUGUGUGUGUGUGUGCGCGCGAACGCGCAUGCACGCACAUUCAUGGGAUUUAAAAUAAUAGUAUUUUACAAAAGGUGUAGCUUUUAUAAGAGUUCAAGAAAGGGAAAGACAUGUAUGGGUGUGUGUCUAUGUGUUUAUCUCUCACUAUAGCAUAAGAAUCUAUUUUGGAGAAAAAAGAAAAUAUGAGGGUCAUGAAGCAUGAUUUUUAUAACUAGUUUCAGUUUUAUCUAAAAAUUUACUUUUUAAAUCAGUAUUUAUCAACAAUUUUUUUUUAAAUUUAUGCAGUGCUUUCAAAAGGAAGUUUUGAGUUUCCAGGGAAAUUCAUGACUGGCUUUGUGGUCUAGAAAUCAAAACAAAAACAAAAACAAAACAAAAAAACAAACACACACACAAACAAAAAAACCAAAAAAAUUUAGAGAAAAAAGAAAAAUGCAAAGCAUUUUCUAUUAUAUUUUAAACAAACAUAUCUUUUUUUAAGUAUUUUAAAUACUGAAUUCAUAGUUGUUUUGUUUUGCAUCCCAGCAGUAACAGCUGAAUGGUUGAACCUAACUGGCUUCCUAAGAAAUAUUUAAGAUAUAUCUGUAUUCUGAUAUUAAAUUUAAUUUUUUCAAAACUCCUUUCUAGGACCACGUAUGUGUCUCUCUAAAAAAGAGAAAGAGCUCGUUGCAAUGUUUGCUUGGGUUUUAAAUUUUUUUAUGUUUUUCUUAUUUUUUGCUUUAAGUAAACAAAAACUUUUCUUUCUUUACUGCAUGCAUAGCACUUAAUGAAAUGGAUUUUUAAAAAAUCCACUAGUAAUAUCAGAAUAUCCAGGGAGUGGGCUGUCACUAAAAUUAUGGUUUACUUCUGUUCCACCUCUUGAUUGAAUAUUUAGUUGUUUAACUGAAAGCCUCUGUGGUGAAGAACUUGCCUGAGUUUUCCUAAUUCAGCAACUUGACAGUUUGACUGAUGUGCAUUAUAUAGUGGUCAAUUAUGUCUGUUUUUUAUGCUAAGUAGGCAAACCAACCACACACACACACACACACGUUAGCAAACGGCUCUCAACAUAUAAUUAGAAUAAACUGUCUUCUUGUUAUACUUAGAGCCUUUAGGUAUGUUCAGUGUGGCAAUACAGUAAAAUGGAAGGCGCCAGCUCGUUGUCAGAGCGUCUUGAAACCCUGAACAGAAAGGCUCGUUGGUCAAAUCCAAUACUCGGCUUAUCAAUAUUAAGUACUUCACUGGAAGGUUCAGCCUUCACCAGACCGUGGAACAAUCAGUCUCCCUGAAAACCCCUCCGUGCCCUCCAUUUUUUGCCAAUCUGGGAAAACAUCUUUUUUCUGCCCCAUUCUCCUCUCCCACUCAGUUCCUGGGUCAUCCACCUAUAUCUUCACGGAUCCAUUGUAAUGACCUUCAGAGCACCCAUCCUGAGGAGGGACGGGCCCUGCAACACUGCCUCUCAUUCAUAUGUGGGUUUUUUUAUUGGCAGCAUCUGCCUUUGAAGUCACUGUCAGCCUACCUGGAAGUUUCUACAGUGCUUCCCCUGCCUUAUGUGAUGGGACUUGACUUAGAUAGGUACCCCUGAUGGCAUUUCUACCAGCUGAUCCUAAAUUGAGGCAUCCAAAUAGUAUUUCUUCUUUUUUUUUUUUUAAAGAUUCAUUUAUUCAUUUGAGAGAGCGAGAAUGAGAGAGAGUACAUGAGAGGGGGGAGGGUCAGAGGGAGAAGCAGACCCCCCGCCGAGCAGGGAGCCCAAUGCGGGACUCGAUCCCGGGACUCCAGGAUCAUGACCUGAGCCGAAGGCAGUCGCUUAACCAACUGAGCCACCCAGGUGCCCCAAAUCGUAUUUCUUCUUAAAAGACAUUUCCCAACAUAUGAUGCCAGGACAGGUAGAGUAAAUCCUAGCCACGGAUGAACGUACUCAUUUUAAAGCCUGUGUUAAGCUGAUGUUUUUCCUUCACACCCCCACUCAUCCCUCCCCACGUCCACGUCGGUGUGUGCGAGUCACAGUGUUCACGCGGCCUGUGGGGGACAGCAGUUUGUGCGGUGUCACUGAUUGAACUGUGAUAAUUAGGAUGACUUACUUGGAGCAAAUGCUCUUUGGAGCCUGUCUGGUCAAAGAACUCAAAUGCAGUGCAUGUUCUGAACAGAGGGGCAUCAGUGGUGAAUGUUCAGGUGGGUUUGUUGCCUGUUACGUACAUUUUGGUGUGUCAGUUGAGUUUGCCAUUAAAACCUGAAACCAGCUGCGGUGAAAGACCAGCCCUUGGCUGGGGAGUUUUAAGCAUCAGUAACUGCUAUCAAACUAGCCAUCCAGUUAGGAUAGAAUGUGCUUCUUUCUGGUUAAUAAAAACCAUCUAAGAAAAUAUAUAUGUAUGUAUGUGUGUAUACAGUGGAAUUCAAGGACCAAAGCAAAAUUUGAACAGGAAUCUAUUAAUUUAGAAUUUUAUAAGAUAUUUAUUAAUAAAUGUUAUUUUAAAACAUUCCAUUUGAACAGUAUUCUUCUGUAGGAUCUACUUGUUUUUAAAGUAUUAGUUCAUAAUAAACUACUCUAGUUGUGUAUAUCUUCAUUUUUCAGGGUUUCAAAUGGCUAUUCUCCAUUAUUUGGUGGAAAUGUUUUGCUUAGAUCUCUGUGCAUAGAAAUUUCAAGGAUUUUUAUUGCUCUGUGAGUUAUUUUUUAAUCUAUGUUCUGAACAGUUUUUUUAAACAUUUAUUUCUUCUUUUUUUUUUAAUUUUUAAAGUAAGCUCUUUCCUUUAGGAAGCAGAGUUCAGCUAAAGGGAAUCAGUAACUAUAACUGGAACAGCUUUCUUUAAAAGUGUAGAAACAACUUCAUCUCUGCUUCUCUCCACCCCACUCCAAUUUCCUAGAAUGCCUUGCACUAUUCAGCUUCCUUAGUGCUCUUUUUUCCCCUUCCCAAACAAUGUGCUGUAGCUUUAAGCCAUUCAAGUUCCAUUAUGCAGUAUAUCUGAGAAGGAAAAGGAAACAGCCCAUUUAAAUUUGAAUAAAACUGUGCCUAUGCGAACAGUAGCUAUUUAGAGUCUCCUGCUUUUAAAAUAAUUUAUAUUUUAAAAUUGCACUUUAGCUUUUUCGAUCCCUUUCUGUUUCUCUUGUUCUCUCUCAAAGCCCCUCCCUGUCCUCAGACUUGCCUUCUGCUCUCCCCUUUCCAACUCCCCACCCUUCCCCUCAGGCUCUGAGCUGCAUCAUUUAAAAUACUUUACAGAAUAUUUGCACCAGGUACACGUGCGUGCGUUCCUUAGUAUCCUAGCAAAGACAGGUUCCUCACAUCAGCCUGGAUGAAGCCUGCUACAAGAAAACCAAGGAGAAGAGCCAGUUUAUACUCUUUAACCCUUUAUUCAUAGCAUGUUUUUUUUUUUUAAAGUUAUAUUAUGCAACAGAUAUGAGGCAGCAGCUAAGCUACACUUAAGAAUUUUCUAUCUCAUCCUCCAAACCGAAGUGUCCUGAAUGAGCCAGGAGACUUAACUCUUUUGUGCACCAUGGUGCAUAUGGACUGUGGCCCCAGCCGUUGUCUCUCUGAGGCUGUUGAAUUAACAGUGGCCCUGUCUAUUUCAUUCCUAGGUCUCAAAAAUACAGUGUUGCCUUGCGACGUAAUUAGGGACAGCACCUCUAUUUUACAAUGAUAAUCUGAGAAAGACAAGAAGACACGGAAGCAAUAAACUUAUCAAUAAAAUUCAAUACCAAAACAAAGAAAUGAAAACAAAGACAAAAACCCUAACUCAUCAUGUUGUGAAAAUGAAUAAGUGUACAUCCGCUCAAAAUAUUUUACUAUUUCUUGUGGAGUUUUUCAGUGAUGUUAAUGCUUAUAGCCAAAUUGCUUAAAGAGUGUUUAUAUAUUUUUUUCCUUAUAAAUUGUCUAUUUUUAAAAAAAAAAAAAAGAAACUAUUUACCACAAGUUGAAGAGGGGGGUAAGGCCAAAUUGCCAGCAUUUGUUAAAAGAUUAAUAUUCUUAAGUGGCGCUCUGAUACGUUUCCAAGCUUAUCAUCAGAGGGGAAUCAGUAACGAUCAGCUCUUGUAUUUCGACCAACUUAUUAAUAUGUAGCUCAUUAGAAACCAGGAUUUAGAAAGCUUUUCAAUAAGCCAUUUAGGAUUUCCUACCUUGAGUUUCAUAUUAUAGAACUUUCUAGGAUUUUUUAAAAAAAGAGAAUCAUUUUAGCCUCAGGACUGAGAAUGUGGAACCUGAAUAAAUUAGCUUUAAGUAUAUCAUUAAAAUCUUAUGCACAAGAAGCUCAUUAGAGUCUAGUUGGCUCCUUUAGAAUGCCAAUGGCAUUGGCAGGAGAUAAUGAAAGGUAUCAGCAGUGGGCCAGUGGAGGGGGUUUCAGAGAAGGGACCCUUCCCAACCAGCCAGCCAGUGGAAGAGAAGACCUACUCACCCUCUUUCCUUCUAUGUUCUGCUAAAUCACACCUGCCUCAGAGAGAGGAGUUUUGCCUUUGAGGUUUGUCUUAGAGAAAUGAUAAGCUUGAAAUGUUCUCCCUGGAGAGGACAUGCGGUUUGGGAUCUUCUGAAAAGGCCCAGAAAAAUGGCUCCGUUCAAACACAACAUUCUAGGACAAUUGGAAUAUAGAUAUUGUCCAAAACUAGAACUUAAAAAAAAAAAAGUUUAGCCUUGUGCAAAGUAAGUGCUAACUAAGGAAGUCCCCCACCCCCCCCAAAAAAGGUGCUGUCACUUUAAGUUCUGGACUGGGGGGUUGUUUGUAAUUGUAAACAGCAAAGCAUUUAUGUUUGUCUGUCUAUUUGUAAAGCAACCACCUUCCUUCCUGGAAGGAGAAAAAAAAUUGGGGGUACAUACAUGUAAAUACUUGCUGCAGCAUUUAAUAUGUUCAAUUUUAUGUUAAGCUUUUUGUUGCAUCGUGAACACAUUUAUUGUUACCAAUGGACAAUGAGUUCAUUAAGACUGUUCAACUAGGUCAGAUUUUUCCAUCUCUUUCGAGCAAGAGGAGACAAGAUUUUGUGCAUUUGUACAAAUGUUAAUAAUAUCACUGCAAUUCCAAUAUAAUAAAGCACUCAAAUGCAAAUAA